AUGGCGAAGGGUAUGGAAUCGCUGCAAGCGGAAGUGACAACGCUGAAGGAGGAAAACGCCGAGCUACGCCGGACGCGAGGUGAAGCGCGUCAGACGUCGCCUGUGGACGAAGGCGAGGGCAACAGCCAAGUGAUGGGCAAUCCUCUGGACGAGCUCACACGUGACUUCGAAGAAGAAGAUAGGCAGCGAGCGGCAGCAGCACCAGUUGCAGUCACGACGAUCAAAAUCAAGCCCGUCAACCCGCCCCCGUUUAAUCCUACGGACAAGACGACUACAGUGAAGGGGUGGCUGUUCGGGGUUGAAGUCUUCUUCACUGCAGCCGGAGUUAAUGACGAUGCCACGCGCAUUAAUUACGCAGUCUCGCUUCUUCGAGGUGCAGCACUUGAAUGGUGGCGCCGGACCUUGGAAACAGGGACGUCGACAGGUGUGACACAUGCGGCAGACGGGACCUCUACAGUGGUUAAUCAAGUUGCAGAACCGAUCUUCGGUGUGACCAAGAUACGCACAUGGAAGGAGUGGGGCGCAGCCUUACGGAAUCGCUUCGAGCACGUAUCCGCCUCGGAGCAAGCUCGCAUGAAGCUGCGUGCAUGGUCGCAGAUGGGAUCUGUCCAAGACUACACGGCGUCAUUUAUGGGCUUCGCCGACCAAAUCGAUGACAUGUCGGAAGCUGAGCGGUUGGAUAAAUACGUGAGCGGCCUUAAGUACGAGAUACAGUUCGAAGUUCGCCGCAGCCGCCCGACAUCGUUCCUCGAAGCAGUACGCGUGGCAGAGUCAACGGAUGCGCUGAUGCAGUACGCGAGAACAGCUUCCAGGGAUGGGAGAGGUUUUCGUGGCCAGACCCAUCGGGCCACAAUCAACGCCGUCCAUACACCCGACCGCCCUCCUAAGGGUCAGUGUUUCCGGUGUGGGAAGGUGGGUCACUGGAAGAACGAAUGCAAGGAGAAAAUGCCGCUGACAGAGAACGACAGGAAGGAGCAGGGAAAUGGGAAGAGUCACCUCUUCAACUUGGCGAGCGCAAAAAAAUGCAACAUGCAACUUGACAGGUGUCUGCCCGAAAUCGACGCACGACUCGUGGAUGGGACGCCUCUGGCGAUAACGGAAGAAACACGGACGGUGCGGAUCGAGUGCGGCGAAGAUUUCGGCUUCAGCAUGAAGUUCCUCGCGACGACGCUGGAUGGCUGCGACGUGCUGCUGGGACGCGAUUGGCUGCGACGACACAACCCCGUCAUCGACUGGACAACGGGAGCGUGCUGCGUCAGCAAGCACGAGGGGCUAAUUAAGUUGCCUGCAUGGACACCUGACUACAUACAAGCCCCGUGCGUCAAAGCCAUCACCAUCGCCCACCACUUCAACAGGGGUGCGCAGCUGUUCGCCGUCUGCUUGCGCGAGUUGGCAGUCGACACCGACGGAAAGGACAUCGAAAAGCUGUGUGCAGCUGUUCCUCCGGAUUUAGCGGAGCUAAUUCGACGGUACCCCGACAUUUUCCCGGACGAUUUGCCACCUGGGCUGCCACCCGAAAGACCCGAAGACCAUAAAAUCCAGCUGGAACCUGGCGCGCAACCUACUGUUCGGACACAGUGGCGGUUGACCCAGCCGGAACUCGAGGAACUACGCCGACAAAUUGUUGCACUGUUGGAGAAAGGCUUCAUUCGGCCGAGCACCUCCCCGUUCGCGGCACCGAUUCUGUUCACUCCAAAGAAGGACGGCGGGCUUCGCAUGUGCAUCGAUUAUCGCGCGUUGAACCGAGUGACCGUCAAAUCUCGCUACCCAAUCCCACGCACCGACGACCUUCUCGAUCAACUUCGCGGCGCUCGCUACUUCUCGAAAAUCGACUUACGUGGCGGUUACCACCAGAUUCGGGUCUUCGCCGACGACUGUCACAAGAUCGUGUUUCGUACACGCUACGGGAGUUACGAAUUUACAGUGAUGCCUUUCGGCCUCACGAACGCGCCUUCGACAUUCCAACUGACCAUGAACAGGGUUUUUCGCGAUCUUCUAGACCGAUGUGUCAUCGUCUAUUUGGACGAUAUCCUGAUUUUUAGCAAGACACGGGAGCAGCAUCUCCGCGACCUGGACGCAGUAUUUAAACGGUUGCAGGAGAACCGCCUCAUCACCAAGGGCUCUAAGUGCGAGUUUUUUAAGCAGGAGUUGGAGUUUUUAGGGCACGUCAUCUCCCGCGACGGCAUCAAAAUCGACCCGGCGAAGAUUAAAACCAUACAGGAGUGGAAGGCCCCGACUAAUGUCACGGAGCUCCAGAGUUUUUUGGGGUUCGUGAAUUACGUCCGGCGGUUUAUCCCGAAUAUGGCGGGGAUAACCGGCCCGCUGACCGACCUGCUGCACAAGGACAAGAAUUUCGUGUGGGGGGAGGCAGCAGAGGCGGCUUUCCAGGAGCUCAAGAAUUUUCUCGUUUCCCCUCCUGUGCUGCGCAUCGCCGACCCAUCGAAGCCGUUCGAAGUCGUAACCGACGCCUCUGAUUUCGCCAUCGGAGCAGUGCUUCUCCAGGAUUUCGGGAACGGGCUGCAGCCGAUCGCCUACGAAUCACGCAAGCUGCAAGCUGCCGAACGCAACUACCCGAUCCACGACAAGGAGAUGCUCGCCAUAAUCCACGCGUUUAAACUGUGGCGAUGCUACCUGGUGGGCGCCGACGUCACUGUGCGCACGGACCACAAGUCCCUACAGUACCUGCGAGCUCAACCGAACCUCAACCCGCGACAAAUUCGGUGGCUGGAUUACAUGGAAAGCCACUUCACCUACCGCAUCACGUACAAGAAAGGGGCGAAUAACAUCGCCGACGCCCUGACCAGACCGACCGUACAAUCCGCUGCUGUACUGAUCACCCAUUCGAACCCGCUACUUACAGGACUAUUCACCCACGGCUACACUACGGACCCGUUCUUCACGACAGGAAAUCAUCAGCAGGCCACGACGCAGAAGGGGGAUUAUUACCUAAAAGCCGGCACCGACAGGAUUUGGGUCCCCGCUUACCGGCUGCUGCGUGAACUCCUCAUCCAGGAGGUCCACGAUUCGAACUACUCCGGACACUUCGGGCCAUGA